CCCCAUAAAAAAAUCUGGGGGGCAUAACAGAAACCUACAGCUUCUGGUUGUGGGUUUGGUAGGCUAGCCUAGAUCCAGCUUGCUUCAUUGCUUGGCCGUACAGGACUGACAGUGUCUGUCUUGUCUUAGUUGGACGAAGGCACACUGACUGGAAUCGAGAUUUUGGCAUUUGUGUGCCUGUUGUGCAACGACACUGUGCUGGAUCUAGAUCUAGUAUUUCGAAUGUUGAUUAACUUGAUUUUAUACUCAGGAUGUUGUAUAGCAUGUUGCCUUGGCCAUGAUUUUGUGAUGUCAUGGACAAGUUGGUCCACGUUUUGGCGUUCCAUCUGUCGUUCAACAUAGAAUCUAGAUCUAGUAUUCAAAGGACGUUUGUGAUUUUGCCUGAACUGUUGUCAAUCUGCUUUGGGUGUGGCCCACAUAGAAUCCAAGGAUUACAUUGUAAGAGUUUCCUGUGUAUAUCGACCUGAAGUCUCCAUUGUUGUCGAACUCACAAUGACCAUGGCUUCCAAAGAUUCAAGCGACUGUGUUGUAACAGUUACAAUUGAACUUGGGCACCAAGCCAACUUCCUGAAGGAGCCAUCACCAGAAGGAUUCACCCAUGAUUGGACUGUAUUUGUACGGGGCUAUGAAGGCAGCAGAUUGGAAUACUUUGUGGAAAAAGUAGUCUUUCGUCUGCACAAGACUUUCAAAAUGCCCGUGAGAGUGAUCUCAGAGCCUCCAUAUAGAGUCAGUGAAUGUGGCUAUGCAGGAUUUAUUCUUCCCAUUGAUAUCCAUUUCAAGAACAAGCAGCAACCUCGAAAGAUUAACUUUAUGUACGACUUGUUUCUGAAUGCUCAAGAUGGACCGCCAGUGAACAAUGUGCGGUACGAAAAGCUGAAGUUUCAGAAUCCUACACCUGAGUUCAAAGCGAAACUUAUCAAAGCUGGAGGGGUUGAGCAAGGAGUAGAGCCUACACCACAGCCAUUUACUGACCUAUUUGGCACUGCAAUUAAGCCGAAAGCUGAAAAGAAACGAGGACCCAAGCCGUCCAAAGACCCCCUUAAGGAAAAAGUCAAAAAGAAAAAGAAGAAAUCUGUGUCCCCUGCUCAGUCUUUGUCAUCAUUAUCCCCAACAACAUCUGAUGAUGAAGAAAAGAUUCCAGCUAAAAAGGAAAAAGAACUAUCUCCUAAAAAGGAAAGCUUACAUUCCUCUCUGAUGUCGAAAAAAGAAUUGUCGCACAAAGAAAAAGAUAAGACAUCUUCAUCAAAGCAUAAGCUAGACUCUCUCCAUAAGGAGCACGUGAGCUCUGAGAGGGAGAAAGAGGUGAAACCUGUCAAACAUAAGUCGAAGGACAAAAAGAAAGAUAAAGAAAAGGAGAAAGAAAAAAGUUCGUCCUCAGGACAUAGAGACAAAGAUACUCAUAAAAAAGAAAAAGAUCAUAAGAGCAAAGAUUUAGAGCACAAAUCUAAAGUGACAGAGGUUUCUUCAAAGAGUAAAGAAACAGAUAGUCUAAAAGAAAAGGAUAGUUCAAGCUCAGCUGGUAAAACGUCAAGUUCAGCUUCCCACUCAGACAGAAAGAGUUCAGGAAGUAAGGAGAAGCAUUCACAUAAGGACAGAGAGAGUAGAGAGAAAGAUAGCAGCACUUCAAGUAGUAAGGAAAAACAUAAUUCCAGUAGUAAAGAUAAAGAAAAACAUAAAGAAAAAAGUUCUUCACACAAAUCAGCAUCACAGCCAUCUUUGUCGAGCACUUCUGAAGGAUCCAAGAGACCUAAAGAGGAUUCAGGAAAAGACAGAAGCAGCAAAGAGAAGGACAGACAAGAAAAGAAAUCUCAUAAAAGACCUGUUGAAUCUCCUGCUCGGGAAGAGGAAACUGAGCAUAAAAAGUUCAAGUCAGCUCCUUCCUCUGCCAGUACGGAAGAAAAGACAGUGAAGCCAAAGGAGAAAGAGAAGGAGAAAAGCAGCAGCAAUGUAACAAAACCACCCAAAGAAGGCAAAUCAUCGUCAAGUAUAUCAAAAGAUAAACCUGACAAGAGCAAACACUCAAGUGAGCAUAAACAUAGUCAUGAGUCUAAGCACAAGUCAAAACCAAAGAAAGAGGAGGAGAAAGAUGCAACAGCAGUAGCAGCAAAGGUCAAGGAUCCAGAAAAGGUGAAAGAGAAAAAGAGGGUUAAAUCAGAAGGCCUGUCCAAGUCUCAAAAACUGGCUCUGACUGCCGAUUUCCAGCCUCAGCUCUUGUUGUCUCCUAUAAAAAGUCAGUCUGAGGAGGAGCAUGAAGAGCCUCGCGAACUGCAGUCUCCCGGUGCUGAGGAAAGACUCUCUGUCUCAGACACCAAGAAAAGCUCUAGUCGAAGUCGCCAUCGUAGCAGCAGCUUGUCAUCUCAUAGCCCUUCUGCGGUAAAUUCCGACCGGGAAGCAUUGGAGGAUGAAGAGAAAGUGAAACAGAUAACUUCUGGACUCACAGACAGUGACAGUGAUUCGGAGGAGGACCAGCCCUCCAUAAAUUCAUCGCACAAAGAUCUGAAGAAUGUUUUCAGCAAGCAGACCAAUGACAGUGAGAGUUGUGAAGUUUCUAAGCCAUCCAAAAAUUCACCGGAGCUGUAUAAAAAGGGUGUUCAGGAACCCAAGAUGGAAAAGGAUGGUUCAAGCAACAGUAAAAAAGUGUCCAAAAGCCAUUCUAAGAAAGAUAAAGAAGAGAAACCCAGUAUUGUGGAGGUGGUUAAGUCAGAGGAGACUGAGACGAGAGGACUAGAUAUCCUGGCACCAAAUGGCAUACCCAUUGGAGAGUUGAUCUCUAUAAAUGAAAAAAUUGAAAAGGCUCAGUUAGAAGCAAAUCAAAGCUUGUUAGAUAAGGUUGUUGAUGUGAUAGGAAACACUGAUGACUUUGAUUUAGAUGACACUGCAUUGUUCUUUGACAUUUGCAGUGUGGAUAAAAAUGUGAUUUUUCAGAUUCAAGAUAUUUUGAGGGGUUAGUGCUUGUGGUGUUUGAAAUUAUUAUUAUUAUUUAUUUUAUAUGCUUGUUUACCUCGUGGUUAUAAAUUGUGCUAAAAUGUGUUUAUUGUGGCAUCGGUGGCCUAGUGGUUAGGUUCUCAGACUCGCAACUGUAAGGUCGUGGGUUCAGA